AUGUCUUGGCCCCGCAUGUACAGUACUGCACAGUACAGCAUUGCGAUCCCGUCGUCUAGUGAGCGUUAUGGCCUACCUCGCGGUGGUCGCUCUACCACUUCAGAAGCGUUCGUCAUCUUGAAACCACCAGCCAUCGUCUGUUUCGUUGCAUCUGCGCGAGCGCGAGUUCCCUUCAUACAGCCGACGUCAGCCACCAACGCUAAGACUGAUGCUCUACCGGACAUGGCUUGUCUACAUGGGUCAGGAACGUAG